AUGAAUUUAAAUGUUUUAAAGCUCAUCCUUUUGUCUGUAAUGAUAUGUGCGACUCUUGUGGCUGGAUUAGCCCCUUUAAAGGUUUUGCGUUAUCUACGUCGUAGUGCUGCCCAAGCAUCGUCCUCAAAACAGCAUCGGCAUGUCUCGCUAAUAUUAUGUCUACUCACAUGUUUCUCAGGAGGUGUCUUUUUGGCAACAUGUUUCCUCCAUUUAUUUCCGGAACUUGCUGAGAACGUGCGAAAACUCGAUGAGUCCUUAGAAAGGAGUGAAAGUGGUUGCUCUGUUGAUUAG